CAUCCCUGACUUGGGGGCAGCUUUGGAAGGAAAAGCACCGGACUCUCCCCUCUCGCUGCCUCUCAGUCCGUGUUUCUGUGGAGCGCGUCUCCCAGUCUCUGUCCCUACUCUCUCCCUGUUCCUGCUCUCUCCAUGUUCACCUGCUCCUCCGUUUCCCCUCCCGUCAGCUCCCUCAUCUCGUCUUCGACCGCAUCCCUCGCAUGCAGAUCCGGGAGUCCAAGGGUCCCUCAAAGACCGGCGUGCUGCGGCCUGCACGGAGGGUGCCCGGGCCCCUCCUCUGAGGACCGACUCCCUCUAGCGGCGCCGCUCCUCCCGCCCGCAGGGGGUGCUAUGGGGCGGAGCGGCCUCCGCUGCCGAGCGCCGAGUCCCAGCAUGCACCGCGCCCCAGCAUGCACCGCGCCCGACUGGCUCUGCCUUUGGGGGCCAGCAGGGCUGUUCCUGGGAGGCGGGUUGGGGCGGAGCGGAGGGGAGGCCGUGCCAGGCAGGGCCGGUUCGUGCGGAACCGCCAUGGCCGAGCCGGCUUCGGUAACUGUGACAUUUGAUGAUGUGGCCUUAUAUUUUUCGGAACAAGAGUGGGAGAUCCUGGAGAAGUGGCAGAAGCAAAUGUAUAAGCAAGAGAUGAAGACCAAUUACGAGACCCUUGAUUCCCUGGAUUUGAUCACAUGGAUGGAACAAGGGAGAAUGCUAUUAAUCAGCGAACAGGGAUGCUUAGAUAAAACAAGAAGGACAACUAGCCCUCCUACUGAUGAACAGUUGAACAUGAAGAACACUGGAAAGUUGCUAUGUUUUGAUGACGAAGGAACUCCCAGGACAAAAGAAGAGGAUUGCCGUUUAAAUGGUCCUCAAAAACAGGACUUGUGUGCUGCCUUACGAGGGAAAGAGAGAAAGAUUUUGUUAGCUCAAACAGCCACCUUCCAGUCUCCAAGUCUCCGAGAAACAGAGAUUCUAAAUAAAAAAGUCAGCAUCACAGCAUAUGAUCCAGACAAGAAAGACCUGCAGCAUAAGCCUCGGGAGACCCCAGGGCGCUUAGAAAUUCCCACAGGGCCAAGAUGCUAUUCCUGCUAUGUCUGUAGGAAAGUCUUCCAAGUAAGGAGGGAUUUGCUAAAGCACAAACGGAGCCACUCCAAGAGCCAGCUCUGCAGAUAUCCAAAGUACAAAAACUCGUCCAGAGGGAAGUCCGAACUCAGGCGGACGCAGAGGCUCCUGUGUCAGAAGAAGCGGUUCCAGUGCAGUGAGUGUGAGAAGAGCUACUUCCUGAAGGGCAGCCUCGUCACUCAUCAGGUUGUCCACACCGGCCAGCGGCCCUACCCAUGCCCUGAGUGCGACAAGACCUUCCGGUACAGGGCCAACCUGAAGAAGCACCUGUGUCUACACCGCGGGGAGCGGCCGUUCUGCUGCGGGGAGUGCGGCCGGGCCUUCGUGCAGCAGUGCGAGCUCACGGAGCACUUGCGGCUGCACAGCGGAGAGAAGCCCUUCCAGUGUCCGCAGUGUGAUCGGUGCUUCCGCCUGAAGAGGGGCAUGAAGGUCCAUCUGUCCCAGCACAGCGGGAAGAGGCCCUUCCACUGUCCCGAGUGUGGCCGGAGCUUCUCCCGGAAGGCUGCCCUGAAGACCCACCAGAGGACGCACAGCGAGGAAAAGCCGUUUUCUUGUGGUGAAUGUGGCAGGAAAUUCAUCUACAAGAUUAAGCUGGACGAGCACAUCAGAGUGCACACGGGAGAGAAGCCCUUUUCGUGUCCCGAGUGUAACAAAAGUUUCCGCCUCAAGAGAAGCCUGAAAGCCCACGGGCUGCAGCACAGUGGGAAGCGGCCCUUCCAGUGCCCGGAGUGCAGCAGGGGCUUCUUCUGGAGGAACGCCAUGCGCGCCCACCAGCGCCUGCACAGCGAGCAAAAGCCCUUCCCCUGCGCCGAGUGCGGCAAGCGCUUCACGCGGCCCUCCAAGCUCGCCUGCCACACCAGAGUCCACGACAGGCAGAAGGAGUUUCCCUGCGGCGAGUGCAAAAAGACCUUUUCUCAGCAGUCGCGGCUCACGCAGCACCUGAAGGUCCACACCACGGAAAAGCCGUUCUCCUGCGCCGAGUGCGGCCGCAGUUUCCGCCGGCGCGCGCAUCUCACAGAGCACACGAGGCUUCACAGUGGCGAGGAGCCCUUCCAGUGUCCCGAGUGCGACAAGAGCUUCUCCUGGAAGGCCUCCAUGAAGUUCCACCAGCGGAUGCACAGGGACGAGAAGCCCUUCGCGUGCGGUGAGUGUGACAAGACCUACACGCAUCAGUCUCAGCUCACCGAGCACCUGAGGCUGCACAGUGGAGAGAAGCCCUACCAGUGUCCUGAAUGCGAGAAGACUUUCCGCCUCAAGGGAAAUCUGAAAAGCCACCUGCUGCAGCACAGUGGCCAAAAGCCAUUCUCUUGUGUGAUGUGCGGCAAAAGUUUCACUCAACAGUACCGGCUCACAGAACACAUUCGAGUCCACAGUGGGGAGAAGCCCUUCCAGUGUCCGGAGUGUGACAAGAGCUACUGCAUCAGGGGCAGCUUGAAGGUCCACUUGUAUAAGCACAGUGGAGAGAGGCCCUUCCAGUGUCCCGAGUGUGGCAAAGGCUUCCUCCAGAAGAGAAGCCUGAAGGCCCAUCUGUGCCUUCACAGUGGGGAGAGGCCUUUUUCUUGUGAUGAGUGUGGAAGGAGCUUCACGUACGUGGGGGCGCUCAAGACCCACAUUGUAGUGCAUGCCAAAGAGAAGCCCUCCAGCCUCUAGGUCAGGCCAUGCAGCAGUCACGCAGUCAGCUUUCAGGAGGUGCCAGCAGCUCUGUUGGCUCAAGUUGAGGCAGGUUGAAGGAUUCACAGGGUAAGAUCGGGCACAGUGGCUCCCGCCUGUAAUCCCAUUACUGUGGGAGGAUCGCUUGAGCCCAGAAGUUUGAGACCAGCCUGGGCAACAUUGCAAGACUCCAUCUCUACAAAAAAUAUAAAAGUCAGCCAGGCGUUGUGGUGCAUGCUUGUGGUCCCAGCUACUUUGGGAGGCUGAGGCAGGAGGAUCGCUUGAGCCCAGGAGGCAGAGGCUGCAGUGAGCCAUGCUCACACCACUGCACUCCAGCCUGGGUGACAGAGCAAGAUCUUGUCUCAAAAAAGAAAAAAAAUCACAAAAUACUGGCUACAGACACACUGGACGGGUGUGUGGUCUGCAGAACUCUAUGGCUCCUUGACAAAAGUUCCAAAUAAUCCAAAGACAGUCAAAGAGACAUCUCCCUCAAUAGUCGUCAUAGGAAAGACAUGCCAGUUGUGGAGGAAACUCACACUGAUCUGCUAGUCCAACGAUCUCUUCAGUGUCAUCCAAUAAUCCCUUCAUUAAAUUUAGAAACUACAGCCUGAGUGAAGAAAUGUUACAGCCAGGAACAUAUUCCUCAGUCAGCUUUUCCAUUACCAGGCCAUUUUACUUAAAUCUGUAUUAAAGUCUUCAGUUUUCUCUCAUAGUGGAUUUUCAUUUUCUCUCAGAUGGUGAGAGGGCUUCUGUUUCUUGGAAUGUUUCCAUAUUGCUAAAAAUAAAUGUCUUCCACUAUCUCCUUUGUUAAAA